AGAAAUUUUGUUUAUGAUGGAUGGAUAGAUUAAUUUGAGUUGAGAUCGUGGACUGAGUCCUGAGUGCUUUGUUGUGAACAUCAACACUUUUAAGUAUUUAUUUAAUUUUUUAUUAAUAUUUGACUGGCCUGUUCCUGUUUGUGUUAAAUUUAUAUAUCAAUCUAUAUCUAUCCAACAAUUAAUUCCAUGUGAUAACGAUGUCUUCACAAUUGAUUGAUAAAUUUAAACAGUUAGAUGCAUAUGCCAAAACUUUGGAAGAUUUUAGAGUAAAAACCGCCACGGGGGCGGCAAUUACUGUGGCUGGAGCAAUGACAAUGGUUUUAUUAUUUUUGUCAGAACUGUACACAUAUAUGUCUCCGAAUAUAUCUGAAGAAUUAUUUGUGGAUACUUCUAGAGGACAUAAACUUCAAAUAAACUUUGAUAUUGUUGUACCAGCUAUUUCUUGUAACUAUCUAGUGCUUGAUGCCAUGGACUCAUCUGGAGAACAACACUUACAGAUGGAUCAUAAUAUUCACAAACGAAGAUUAGAUUUGGAUGGGAAUCCAAUUGAAGAACCAAAAAAACAAGAAAUUGUUCUGAGUUCCACAUUACAGCAAAAUGAUACUGCAAUAGCAAAAGUAUCAUGUGGGAGCUGCUAUGGGGCAGCCUUUAAUGAAUCUCAAUGUUGUAAUACUUGUGAAGAUGUGAAGGAAGCAUAUAGAAUACGAAGAUGGGCUUUACCAGAUCUAGCUACGAUAGACCAAUGCAAAGAUGAUGAAUCUAUAGAGAUAACUAAUUCAGCUUUGAAAGAAGGUUGUCAAAUAUUUGGCUCUAUGGAAGUUAAUAGGGUUGGUGGUAGCUUCCACAUUGCACCAGGAAAAAGUUUUACAAUCAAUCAUGUUCAUGUGCAUGAUGUACAACCUUACUCAUCUUCAGUAUUUAAUACUACUCACAUUAUUCGUCAUUUGUCAUUUGGAAGUAACAUUGAAAGUGGUAAUACUGCUCCUUUAGAUGGUGUAGUUGGGUUAGCUAAAGAAGGUGCAGUUAUGUUCCAGUAUUAUUUGAAAAUUGUACCUACAAUGUACAUAAAAUUAGACAAAAGUAUUUUGCACACUAAUCAAUUUUCUGUAACAAGGCAUCAAAAAGCUGUGUCUAAUAUCAAUGCAGAAUCAGGGAUGCCUGGUGCUUUUUUUAGCUAUGAACUUUCUCCAUUAAUGGUGAAAUAUACCGAAAAGGAAAGAUCAGUAGGACAUUUUGCUACUAAUAUAUGUGCAAUAGUAGGUGGAGUUUUUACCGUUGCAGGAAUACUGGAUUCACUUUUAUACCAUUCUCUAAAUGCAUUCCAAAGUAAAAUGCUACUUGGCAAAACUGGAUAAUUUACAAUGUUUUUAAGAAAGUGUUAAAAUCUGAGACACUACAUUUUGCAAAAGCUUUACAAAACUCUAUAUCUGUAUUUUCUGCUAAUGCUAUAAUUGGUACAUAGUUCUCUUUCUUUGGAUCAUACUGAGCUCUUCCCAACUUCUCCAGAAAAAGAUGUCGCUGUUUAAUUCUAAAGUUUCUACAUAGUAGUAUACCAGGAUUAUUUAAUAUUUGUGUAUGAGGAAUUUUUAUUGUAUUGUGAAUGUAAUUGAAUCUAUGUAGUAGUGACUUUUGAUCUGUAAAAAAAAUAGAAAUAUGACACUAUAAUUUGACAUAUACGUAGGUAAUAAUGAACAUAAUACAGUAAAAGAAGGACCUUCUGAGGCAAUCCACAGCCAGAAUAUGUAUUCAAAAUAAAAUUUAUUUGGCUAUAUGUAGAUGCGUAAGUUGUCCUUAAAUCUGAAUUCAUAAAUUUCUUGUUCAAGGAAUUAAUAAAUUGAUUACACCAA